UUUAAUAGCUGUCAUCCAUCCUAAAAAUACUUUUGCACCGCUUCGUGCUACUGUAGCGUGUUGCGUGUUCUUUCUCUGGAGCUCCGGUGAAUAGCAGGACCAACCGCUCCUCCUCGGGACACCCUCGGCUGCUCGGUACCUGUCCUGGCGAACAUACCUCCUUUUCGGUGCGCCCCUUCCCUGGCCGGGGUGACUCCCGCCGUGCCGAGCCCGCCCCUCCGGCCCUGCCCGGGGGGGAGGGCGGGAGGGAGGCCGGGUGAAGGGCGGCCUGGAGCCCGGCGCAGCGGCGGCGCGAGCAGCGGGAGCAGCAGCAGCCCGCGCCCCGGCGGCGGCUGCUCUGGCGGCGGGGGCAGGUGCGGGCGCUUCCGCGUCGCGCUACGAGGAGGAGGAGAAGGAGGAGGCGGCGGCGAGAGCGGGCGGGCGGCGCGGCCAGCGGCCCCGAGCCGGGCCGGCGUGCCCGUGGGCGUGCUCCCUGGCGGGGAGGACCGCCCGCCGCCCACAUCCCCGCCGCCGCCGCCGAUAACUUUGCCUCUCUGCAAAAAGCCGCCCUCCGGCAGCCGGAGUCGGCGGAGCACCGGCGGUCCGAGCCGCCCGCCGCAAUGAAGGGCCGGCGGCGGUGGCGGGGCGAACACCGUCGCUUCGCCGCGGUGCUGGUGCUGUACACGCUGCUGCUACUCCUGCUGGUGCCCUAUGCGCUGGACUACGGGGCCAGGCGCGGGCGGGCGGACGAGGAGCCUCUGCUACGGCGCUGCCCCAGCCUGGAGGAGGCGCUGAGCGAGUGGGGCUGGGAACAGCGGCCGCCGCUGGACGAAGAAGAGGAGGAGGAGGAUGAGGCGGGCACGGCCGGGGCGGCGGGGAACGGCAGCGCCGGGGCGGCGGGGAAGCGGCACAUUUACCUGCACGCUACCUGGCGCACGGGCUCCUCCUUCCUGGGGGAGCUCUUCAACCAGCACCCCGACGUCUUCUACCUCUACGAACCCAUGUGGCACCUGUGGCAGGCGCUCUACCCGGGGGACGCGCUGAGCCUGCAGGGCGCCCUCCGCGACAUGCUGCGCGCCCUCUUCCGAUGCGACUUCUCCGUCCUGCGCCUCUACGCUGCCCCGCCCGCUCCCCGCGACCCGCUGGCCCCCGCCCCGCCCGCCGCCGACAACCUCACCACGGCCAGCAUCUUCGGCUGGCGGACCAACAAGGUGAUCUGCUCGCCGCCGCUCUGCCCCGCCGCCCCUCGGACCCGCGGGGAGAUCGGUCUCGUCGACGGCGCCGCCUGCGAAGAGAAGUGCCCGCCGCGGGCACUGCGGGAGCUGGAGGCCGAGUGCCGCAAGUACCCGGUGGUGGUCAUCAAGGACGUGCGGCUGCUGGAGCUGGGCGCGCUGCUGCCGCUACUGCGGGAGCCGGGCCUCAACUUGCGGGUGGUGCAGCUUUUCCGCGACCCCCGCGCCGUCCACAACUCCCGCCUGAAGGCGCGGCAGGCGCUGCUGCGGGAGAGCGUCCAGGUGCUGCGGAGCCGCCACCGCGCCGAGCCGCGGGGGUCGCCCCGCCACCAGCAGCAGCAUCUCCUGCUGCCGCCCGGGCUGCUGGGCGGCGGGCGGGCGUCGCAGCCGCAGCACCGCGCCGAGUUCUUCCUCGGCGGCGCGCUGGAGGUGAUCUGCCAGGCUUGGCUCCGCGACCUGCUCCUGGCCCGCCGCGCCCCUGGCUGGCUCCGCCGCCGCUACACGCAGCUGCGCUACGAGGACCUGGUGCGGGAGCCCCGCGCCGAGCUGCGCCGCCUGCUGCGCUUCGCCGGGCUCACGGUGCCGCCCGCCCUGGAGGACUUCGUGCUCAACAUGACCCGCGGAGCCGCCUACUCCUCCGACCGGCCCUUCCUCAUCUCCGCCCGCGACGCACGGGAGGCCGUGCACGCUUGGCGGGAGCGCCUCAGCCGCCAGCAAGUGCGGCAGGUGGAGGCGGCGUGCGGUGAGGCCAUGAGCAUCCUCGCCUACCCUCUCAGCAGCGGCGACGCCCGGUAGCGCCCUCGCCCCGCGUCCCGGACGGGCCCGAGGGCAGGCGGGUGCUGUCGGGCAGAGCUGAGCGCGGAGGUUCACUGCUGGCACGGUGGGCGCCCAAUUCGUUGGCUGGGCGCUCCCUAGGGCCAGCCCCGGCUGAGGGACACUUGCCUCGCCUCGGGUGCAGGCAGCGUGGCAGGAUCCAGGCCCCCCGUCCCGCUGUAGUUUCAGUGGGGCUGUGCAGGGCAGAGGGGAUGAUUUAUUUAAGAGAAGGGUUUGGUAAGAGUGUCUUCCGAGUACGGCAUCAAUCUUGGAGCCAUUUCAACUUGAAGCUGUGAUCCUGUACAAAGCACAAGUGUGCUUCAAAAAACUGCAUCAAAACUUAAAAAUCCCCCAAAUGAAGACUCUCAGCAAGGAACUAAGAGGGCCUGGAGGGUGCUGCUGUGAGAGCACUGCCCUCCCUGAGCGCUGAAGCACGCUCGGCUCUGUCCUUCCGCUACUGAAACACGUACAAGAGGCUUCUGUGAAGUCGCUGCAGGGGUCAGUGGAGGCCUGGGCGGGCAGGAGG